AUGAACGCUACUGGCGCACUCGACCGCUAUGUUGAGGACGCCCCGGUGCUGCCCCUCACGCACUCCGAUGCCGGCUACCUCGACUUCUUCAUGAAAGUGGUGGAGGCGCUGGAGUCGGGUGUCUCCAAGGUGGACGAGGCCAUCGACGGGGGCGCCCGAGAUCACCUGGACUGCACGGUGACGCGCAUCUUCUCCAACCUUCGCCGCCACAACCCUGCCUUCCACUUCUCCCUUGUGGUGGAGCCAAUGUGUGCAGAGCUCCAGGGCCUGCUCAGGGACGAAGGGCACGAUCACAUGGAUUCUCUCACCGAGCGGUUCGCACAGGUCGAGCCCUCCGAGGAGGGAGGCAGCCCUGGAGGGAACCUUGUGUUGCAAUCUUCAAGUAGGCAGGUUGGGUCCAUACACACCUCCGCCGCGCUAGCCGCCGCCUUCGUCCCCUUCGGCGUCCUCGAUGAGUGCCACGCCGUAGCUCACCGUACCACCGGCCCCUGCCGCUGCUGUGGCUUCAUCACCUUCCGCCGACGCCCAUCCGCCCGCUGCGCCCUCGCGGACUCCUCCAAGCGCGUCGGGGCCCGCCCCGCUCCCUGCCAGUUCACCUCGACCUGCCCCACCGGCCCUUUCCCCGGAGGCUCGGGCCGCAAGAUCUUAGUGGACAGGGUGCCCGCCCGUACCUCGAUCAACGAUCUGAGGUGGUUUUUCCCCGAGUUCGGAGAGAUCGAGGCAGGGUCCCUCGUCGCCGACCACGCAACCGGGCAGUUCCGUGGGUACGCAACCUUCCUCUACAAGUCUCCUGAGGGGAUCGCCAAGGCGCUUGAGGAGCCCAGGAAGGUGUUCGACGGGUGCGAGUUCCACUGCAGGCACGCACAGAUGCAGACCAAGAGGAACUGUGCCACCGCCGAUCCUGAAGACACCGGUUACCAGAGAAAUGUCACUCGAGCAGCGGCCUUGCCAAUUUGAGAUACUGUCAACUUCCUCCACGCAGUCUUUUCUAGGAUCAGAUUCGUCAGUGGCAAAGGAGAUUAGCUCAGUCCAUGGGGCAGCAACAAGGCAAUGCCUCCAUAGUUCAUGCCCUAAUCUGUCAGAAUGCCAUACCAGGGGCUGACAUCUCGGGUGCAUUUCCUCUGGCCGCAGUUGUGUCCUCUUCGCCGGGUUGGAACACGUCAGAUAAACAUUCCAGAGUAGCCGUCUGCCUUCCAUAGGCCCGUUGACAUUGACAUGCCGGGAUGUCAAUGAGACAAGGCUUGACACAAUGUUACCUUGA